AUGGAUCUAGGCCGCUCAGUCGUUCCCCCGGAGACGGAGCACACGCACACCAUCAUCUUCCUCCACGGGCGCGGCAGCUCCGCCCAGGAACUUGCCGAGAGCCUGUUUAUGCUCAGGGACUCGGCCAAACGGUCCUUGUCCGAUCUGUUCCCCUCAGUGCGGUGGGUGUUUCCACAAGCUGAGCUGCUGUACUGUGAGCGGGACGACCAGGAUUGGUCACAAUGGUUUGACGUGUGGAAUGUGCUGGAUUUCGCAGACAGCGAGGAACUACAAGCACCCGGGCUCCAGGACAGCGUCAGGAAUAUCGCCAAGCUUGUGCACCAGGAGGCGGUGAAAGUAGGAGGAAUGGACAGAGUUGUUUUGGCUGGGUUUGGUCAGGGCGGAGCUACGGCGAUACAUGCCCUGCUGAACAUGCCCGCUCCUGAGAUCUCGGAGCCACCGAAAAGGAAGCGCAUCAAGAUCGACCAUUUCGAAGCUCAAGUAGAGAGGCGCCAGCGCCUCGCCGGAGUUAUGUGCUUCAACUGCCGUUUGCCCUUUCCAGGCGGCACGCUCGACGAGACCAGGGAGGUUCUUGCCCUGGACCUGAUUCCUAGCGAUGAGAUCUUAAAGAGCACCCCGGUGUUUCUGGCUCAUUGUAUGGACGAUCCUCUUAUCUUCAUCGAAUACGGCAGGCAGCUGGCUGAUGCACUGGGCUCUUUUGGGAUGCAGGGCGUGUCAAGAGAAUACCCCGAGGGAGGCCAUCAACUCAAUGCACCCCAAGGAAUCGACGACAUGGUAGUCUAUCUCACGGCGCAGGGGCUGCCAGCCAUAUUAGCGAAAGCUAAGACGUCCAACGUCUGA